UACCUUUUUACUAUCACACCCAUAAAUUAGUUCAUCAGCGCGGUACCAUUUUACCCCAUCCCAUUCAAACACAAUCAUGUGUUGUGACUUGUGUGUACUCGUUCAAAUCCCCCCAUCUCAUGAGACCACUUCCGACGACUGGCGACUAAUUAUCUCCUACAAGUCUUUAAUUUGGGUCUAAAGGGGGUUUGAAUUAUUUUAGGAAGCCAUGUUGCCUGUCCGGCCACCAACCUCAGCCCUCCGAUCUCUAAGAAAAUCAACGGCCACAAUUUAUCCUCCACCAACCCCCACUCCCAAGGCUGGCCACGCCACACCAAUCUCCUCCCCCCUCUAACUGUCCACACUCACCUACCAAAUAUUGUGUAGCGUUUUGGACCGCAGCCCUCCCCUUUUCCCCCCCACCUAUUUAUACCCCCCUUCACCCCAUCAUCAAUCAAGUUAUAAACAACUUUUUUUACGGAAAAAAUACAUUAAAUUGAAUUGUAGUAAUGGAGUGCGUGUACGAGAACGGUCACCGGGAGGAGAACGGGGCGUGCAUGGGAUUGUCGGGGGGCGACCCGUUGAACUGGGGGGCGGCGGCGGAGUCGCUGAAGGGGAGCCACUUGGAGGAGGUGAAGCGCAUGGUGGCCGAGUACCGGAACCCGGUGGUGGAGCUCCGCGGGAAGACGCUCACCGUGGCUCAGGUGGCCGCCAUUGCCGCCAGCGACAGUGGGGUGAAGGUGGAGCUGUCGGAGGCGGCCCGGGCGGGGGUCAAGGCCAGCAGUGACUGGGUCAUGGACAGCAUGAGCAAGGGUACCGACAGCUACGGCGUCACCACCGGCUUCGGCGCUACCUCUCACCGGAGAACCAAGCAAGGCCAUGCUCUUCAGCAGGAGCUCAUUAGGUUUUUGAAUGCCGGAAUUUUCGGCGGCGGCGGCCGCAAUGGAGUUGCGGGAAGCCACACGCUGCCCCACUCGGCAACGCGGGCAGCCAUGACGGUGAGGAUCAACACCCUCCUCCAGGGAUACUCCGGCAUCAGGUUUGAGAUUCUGGAAACAAUCACCAAAUUGCUCAACCACAACGUCACUCCCUGCCUCCCUCUCCGCGGCACGAUCACCGCCUCCGGCGAUCUCGUUCCCCUGUCCUACAUUGCCGGUUUGCUCACCGGGAGGCCGAACGCCAAGGCGGUGGGACCCACAGGGCAGGCCUUGAAUGCCGAGGAGGCGUUCCGCCUGGCCGGGAUCUCUGGUGGGUUCUUCGAGCUGCAGCCCAAGGAAGGUCUGGCGCUUGUGAACGGCACUGCUGUCGGGUCCGGUAUGGCGUCCAUGGUUCUCUUCGAUGCUAAUCUGCUUGCCCUUCUGUCUGAGGUUUUGUCUGCCGUUUUCGCGGAAGUGAUGAAUGGGAAGCCGGAGUUUACUGACCAUCUGACGCACAAAUUGAAGCAUCACCCGGGCCAAAUUGAGGCUGCGGCAAUCAUGGAGCACAUUUUGGAUGGGAGCUAUUACAUGAAAGCUGCGCAGAAACUGCACGAGACCGACCCGUUGCAGAAACCGAAACAGGACCGAUACGCUCUGAGAACAUCGCCCCAGUGGCUUGGCCCACAGAUUGAAGUCAUAAGGGCGGCAACCAAGAUGAUUGAGAGGGAGAUCAACUCCGUGAAUGACAACCCUUUGAUCGACGUCUCGAGGAAUAAGGCAUUGCACGGCGGGAACUUCCAAGGCACGCCGAUUGGCGUGUCAAUGGACAACACCAGAUUAGCCCUUGCCUCCAUUGGAAAGCUACUGUUUGCCCAGUUCUCGGAGCUGGUCAACGACUACUACAACAAUGGGUUGCCAUCUAACCUCACCGCGGGUAGGAACCCGAGUCUUGAUUAUGGGUUCAAGGGCGCAGAGAUUGCAAUGGCUUCAUACUGUUCUGAGCUUCAGUUCUUGGCCAAUCCGGUCACGAAUCACGUCCAGAGCGCAGAGCAGCACAACCAAGAUGUCAACUCUUUGGGUUUGAUCUCAGCAAGGAAGACGGCCGAAGCUGUGGAAGUGCUGAAACUCAUGUCCUCCACGUAUCUCGUGGCAAUCUGCCAGGCUGUUGAUCUGAGGCACUUGGAAGAGAACUUGAAGAAUGGCGUGAAGAACACAGUCAGCCAAGUGGCAAAGAGGACUCUCACCACCGGCGUCACUGGGGAACUCCACCCUUCCAGAUUCUGUGAGAAGGACUUGCUCAGGGUGGUCGACCGUGAGUACGUUUUCGCAUACGCCGAUGACCCGUGCAGCACUAACUACUCACUGAUGCAGAAACUGAGGCAAGUCCUGGUGGAUCACGCCUUGCAGAAUGGGGAAACUGAGAAGAACUUGACCACAUCUAUCUUCCACAAGAUUGCGGCUUUUGAAGAGGAGUUGAAGGCAGUUCUGCCCAAGGAAGUAGAGGGUGCCCGAGCUGCCCUUGAGAGUGGCAACCCAGCCAUUCCUAACAGAAUCAAGGAGUGCCGGUCCUAUCCUCUGUACAAAUUCGUCCGCGAAGAGCUUGGAACUGAGGUGUUGACCGGAGAGAAGGUGAAGUCGCCUGGCGAGGUGUGUGAAAAGGUGUUCGCCGCAAUGUGUGACGGAGGGAUAAUUGAUCCUUUGUUGGAAUGCCUCAAGAGCUGGAAUGGUGCUCCUCUUCCCAUCUCUUAAUUGUGUCUGUUUGCCAUUUUUUCUUCUUCUUCAAGAUUCAUAUUUGUAACCCUUAUGUGGGACAGUUCUUGUUGUAUCUACUGCUCUUGCCUUUCUUUUCAGCCCAGCAUAAAUGAUAAGUGAUCUUUACUUCAUUUUCCAUUCCAUCUAUCACCAGGUUGGAACGAAACAAUGCAAAGCCUUAAUUUUAAUGAAAAUCACUAAGAGCAUUUUUCUUGGAAGAUAAAAAAACAAAAAUACAAUAUUUUCCCAUUU